AUGCAUAUCCGCAAGGUGGCCGCUGCCCUAUUUCUGGCAGCAUCCCCCUGGCUCGCGGCAGCAGCCCCGGCCCCGGCCCCAGCCCCGGCUCCAGCUCCUCCCUUCCACCUCAAAUGGAUCCCCUAUUUUGACCCCAUGUUCAGAUACAAUGCUUCAUUAAUGUACCCGGGCGAGAUUGAGUGCCUUCAUUCGACCCAGGCGGCUGCAGGAACCCGAUGGCGCAUCAAGUGGAGGGGGUUCUGCGAGGAUUAUGAAGGGGAGUGCCUCCGCGCUCGCAUCCUCAAUUAUGCCGGCAUUCUCGACAACUGGGUAACCUGGAAGAUCGAUGAGGACGACUGGUGGAGGGCCGAUUUCACCCUCUUGGGCUUCUAUAAACAUACGCGACCGCAGGUCGAAGAAGCCCUCACUGAGCUUAAUGGAAGGGAGAUGAAUUGUCCU